UCCGCCCUCUCCUGUCUGACAGCGGUAAUGCUGGAUGUGUAACUAGUGCAUUUUUAUAAAGACAAAAAAAAAAUAUGGACGACAAAGCGCAGAUACAAGAAGCUAUCAAAAGCCAGGGUGAAGUAGUCCGGAAGCUGAAGGCGGAGAAGGCGAGCAAAGAUCAGAUUGAUGAAGAAGUGGCAAAACUCUUGGAGCUGAAAGCCAAGUUAGGAGGAGAUGAUGGCAAACAUCAGUUUGUACUCAAGACACCAAAGGGAACACGGGAUUACAAUCCCAAACAGAUGGCCAUCAGAGAGAAGGUCUUUAGCACCAUCAUCCACUGCUUCAAGCGCCAUGGAGCUGAGACCAUUGAUACUCCUGUUUUUGAACUGAAGGAAACACUGACGGGGAAAUAUGGAGAAGACUCAAAGCUAAUCUAUGACUUGAAAGACCAGGGAGGAGAGCUGCUGUCCCUCAGAUAUGACCUCACUGUCCCCUUUGCUCGUUAUUUGGCCAUGAACAAAAUAACUAAUAUUAAGCGUUAUCACAUUGCAAAAGUCUAUCGUCGGGAUAACCCAGCCAUGACCCGUGGGCGCUACAGAGAGUUUUACCAGUGUGAUUUUGACAUAGCAGGACAGUAUGAUGCUAUGAUCCCAGAUGCUGAAUGCCUGAAAAUUGUCUAUGAAAUCCUUAGAGAACUGGACCUUGGAGACUUUCGCAUUAAGGUGAAUGACAGACGAAUCCUCGAUGGAAUGUUUGCAGUCUGUGGUGUUCCAGAUGAUAAGUUCCGCACCAUCUGUUCCACUGUGGACAAACUGGACAAGAUGCCUUGGGAGGAUGUAAAGAAGGAAAUGGUGAAUGAAAAGGGCUUGUCAGAGGCGGCAGCUGACCAGAUUGGGACUUACGUCAGUAUGCAGGGGGGGAUGGACCUUGCUGAGCGACUUCUCCAGGAUCCCAAAAUGUCCCAAAGUAAACAGGCCUGCGCUGGUCUGACUGACAUAAAGCUGCUCUUCAGUUACCUGCAGAUCUUCCAGAUAACAGACAAAGUGGUGUUUGACCUUAGUCUAGCCCGUGGCUUGGACUAUUACACAGGCGUCAUCUAUGAGGCUCUGCUGACUCAGGCGGGUGUAGCCCCAGUGGUUGAGGCUCAGAACGGUGCUCCAGGUUCCACAGAGGAGAGUGUGAGUGUCGGCAGUGUGGCAGGAGGGGGACGCUAUGACGGGCUGGUGGGUAUGUUCGACCCCAAGGGAAGGAAAGUGCCUUGUGUGGGCGUCAGCAUCGGUAUAGAGAGGAUCUUCUCCAUCAUGGAACAGAAAGCCGAGGCCUGCGCAGAGAAGGUUCGUACUACAGAAGUGCAGGUCAUGGUGGCCUCUGCACAGAAAAACCUGCUGGAGGAAAGACUCAAACUUGUCACUGAGCUCUGGAAUGCGGGUAUUAAGGCAGAGGUCAUGUACAAGAAGAACCCCAAGCUGCUCAGUCAGUUACAGCACUGUGAGGAGUCUGGGAUCCCCCUAGUGGCCAUACUGGGAGAACAAGAGCUAAAGGAUGGAGUGGUUAAACUCCGAGUUGUUGCCAAUAGAGAAGAGGUGGACAUCUCCAGAGGAGACCUAGUUGAAGAAAUCAAAAGAAGGACCUCUUAAGACUGAUCUGGACCAGCUCUGAGCUGAAUUUCAGAGACAUUCUGCAAAUAAUUCUUGUUACUCUAAAGAGCAUGUCUGAUACACACAGCAUUUGAAACACCAAUGUCAUUUGAAUUUUGGGAGACACACUAAACAAAAGUAGCCAAAUAAAUAUAAACAAUAUGGGCUCAGUUUAUCAGGUAAAAAAAAAAUCUGUUUUGGUCCUUUUUAAUAUUUAAUUAUUCUGGACAAACAAGUUAAGCCUCAAGUCAAACUCAUGAAUGGUAAGUUUAAGUACUUUCUGCUUGUACCAUAUCUUUUUGUUCAUGUGUCCAAAAAAAAAAAUUAAAUACAGUCCUUAAUGUCCUUAAAGGUAUACUUAUGUAUAUUCACAUUCUUUGCAAUAUCUUAAACCAGAUAAACAAGAUGCUUAACACAAGAGCUGCAUUCCUGGGCAGAACAGUGUGAUCGCCAGUCACUGCUCAUGCCAGGUUGUUCAGAGGCACUGUUCAGUUGAUGGGUCAAAAGUAGAAGACCUUUGUGGAAAAUAAGAUCUACAAAUUACAGGGAAAAGCUACUAAGGUGAAUACUAUUUAAUUUUUAUGAUUUAAAGUCAUUUAAUAUGGGAAUGUAUUUGGACGGCAGUUAAGUGCAGUUGCACACUUGCACAGCAAUAUGAAUUCUCACAGUAUGGAAGAGAUUAUAUGAAUGACUGAAUAAAUCACUAAACCCGUUGUUAGAUUUGAAAUAUAACUUAAAAAGGGCAAAUAGAGGUUGAACUGAAAUGUU